AUGAAACAUAGUAAACAUGCUGUAGUAUCAGAUGAUGGUGAAUUGGAUAUAAGUUUGUAUAAUGGACAACCUUUAGUAUAUACAUUUAUCAAUGAUCACAAGUCUCGCACAAAUUUAUUGGCUAUUUAUCCUGACAAUAUUAAUAUUAACAAAGUUUUAAAGCCAUCAGAUAUAUGUAUACUUUUUCCGGUUGCAGAAAUUACAUAUAACGCCGAAUCAUUGAAGUCUUUUUUGAGCUUUAUGUAUGAUGAUGAUGAAAAGUUACAUGAGAUGUACGGUCAUCUGUUUUCAAGAAAAGUUUUGGUUGGUGGUAAAUUAUUUAUCGAUGAUUUUGAGUCAGAUUCAACACAAAUUGAUGCUUAUAAAUCUCAUUUAACUUGGGCAUAUGAUUCAGCUAAAUACAAUAAAGAAAAUUCAUUUAUUACUAUAGAUUUUUUUCCGAAAAUAAGGACAUCAGAUGGGAAAGAGUUAAAUACUCUUGACAAAUUAGCCGUUUGGAUGGAUGAUUUAUAUCAAAAGAAUGUGGUUGAUAUAAUUUCUUACAAUAGUCUCAUUCCCAUUUCUGAUUUAAGAUCCAAUAAAUCAUUGGAAGAUACUUUAGUUGAUAAGCAACCUGAAAUUGCUAAUUUUAAAGAGAAAUUAAGCUUGGAAGAGUGGAUUGAAGACUCUAUAAAGAGAAUAGCCAUUAAUCUCAUCAAGUUUCCUUUUGUAUAUGCAAGUGGUAAUGCUUAUUCUGAUUUGGAAUUGAUCAAACCAAAAACCAAUUUAGAAGAAUUUUUAUUAUCCAAUAAUAUUUAUUCGGCUAAUAAUUUAGGAUUUUUUCCGUUUAUGAAAAGUUGUAUUGAAUCUGAUGAUUUAAGUUAUUUAGGUUAUACACAUCUUCUGGUCAAAUGUGAAAAAUAUAGAAUUUUAUUGAAUGAGGAUGACAUUAAACCUUCAGAAGAAUUUAAACAAGCUAUAGAAACCGCGCUUGAUGAUAUGAAGCCAUUUGCAAGUUUGAAAGAUGUAUUUGACGAGUAUGGGCACUUUAUUCCGUUAAAUAUUGUAUUGGGAAAAUCUCUUAAAAAUAUUUUACCAAACACCGCCUCUCCCGAAAUUUCCGAACAAGUUGAUUUAGGAUCACUAGAAUUUGGAUCCUUAAAAUCACAUUUAGAUAAAAUUAAAUUUUCAUAUCUUUUGACACAAAAAGGAAAUGUUAUUAAAAAAGAUGAAUUAUCUAAUUGGAUUCAAAAUACAAAUAAUUAUUUAGAAAUUAUUGAGUAUGAUAAAAUAAUUUCUUUAUAUAAAAUCCUCGGAGAAGAUCAACGGAAUAAAAUAGAUGUUAUAUUAAAUGAGCAAGAUAAUUUUAAAAUUAUAAUGACAGGGAUUGUGGAUUUGAAAGAUUUAAAUAUUAAUAAUACUGAGCAUUAUAAACGAAUCAAUAUAGAACCAUCGUUGGAAGAUGAAAAUUUUCAAGUUUUUGGAUCAAUUAUGUUUAAUAAUGGUUUAAAAUCGGAAAUUUUUGUUUCAUUUGGAUUAUGUGACUUUAAUGGAUUCUCUGUGAUGAUAAGAACCUUAAAAGAUCAAAAUAUUAAAAUUACAGAAUGUUCUAUUUUAUGGAUGAUUAUUGGAAAACCUUCGAAAUUAUCAGUAUUUAGUCCAAAGAAUCGAGAAUUACAGUUGGUUUAUUUUACAAAAUCUAUUACAUUACAACCCGAUCUUUAUUACUAUUCAGUUGAAACUUCUAACCAAUUAUCUCGAGGAUAUACUGUUUUUGUCAAUGCUUAUUUAUCAACAAAAUAUUAUGAGCCUAUAAAUAUAAAGCUGGAUAAAUGGUCAAAGAAUUAUAUUUAUUUUCAAAUAUAUACUAAUACAAAUCUUAAUCAUUCGAGUUUGGAUGACGCCGAUUGUAUGGAUUCUUUGACAAAUAUUGAUGUCCAAAUUUGUAUUUUAUCAUCAGAUUAUAAAACUUUGAACCUUGAUAUUGGUGGAAAGGAUUGUUGCUUAGACCUAAUCGGAUAUACAUUGAACGAAAGAAAUUUUAAUAAGAAAAUUGUAAAAGAACAACUUGACUUGAAAGAUAAUUAUUAUGACGAAGACGCUGAAGAAUGGUUUGAUACUAAAGAAAUUACUUUAUAUGAUCAUACGGAUUUUAAGUAUGUAACCGAAAUUGGUUCUGGAUCAACUGCUUCAGUUUUUACUGUAAAUUGGAAAAAUGAAGUUUUUGCAAUUAAAAAAUUUCACAAAAAUUUAAAUAUGAAAGAAAUUAUUAAUGAGUCGAAAUUACUAAAAGAACAAACUAUUUACUUCUUAGGCGUAUUAUUCUGGGAAUUAACAAGUCGUUCACCACCUUUCGAUACUGAAGAAAUAACUCUUAUAGAUAUUUUCAAUGGUAAAAGAGAGAAACCUAUUCUAAAUACAAAUUCCACAUUUGUUGAGCUUUAUGAAAAAUGCUGGCAACUUGAACCAGUUGAAAGACCAAAUAUUCGUCAAGUAAUUUUAGAACUUAAUAAUAUUCGAGAGGAUGAUAACAUUAAAUCGACAUGGAUGUCUUUGAAGGGUAGAAAAAAUAGCAUUAGAUCGGGAUGGAUGUCUUUGAAGGUUAGAAAAAAUAGUUUAAGUUCCAAUAAUAUAGAUUCGAAGUAUCCUCGUAUCAAAAUUAGCUUCAAUGAUUCGGAUGAUUUGGUUAUGGAUGUAGAUUCCAGUUCCCUUCCAUCCCUAUCUCCGUUCCCAUCCCCCUUACCUUCUUCAUGUCCUUCGCCGUCAACGUCAAUGGAUUAUUCACAGGAGACAAUUUUUCAAUAUGAAAAUGAA